ACUGAGCCCUGACAGCUGUCCUCACUUGACGUUUGCGAGCAAGUUAGCCAGACAGACGAUGAUGUGAGGAAAUGCACCGGGAAUUCUUCGACCAUGGCUAGUCUGUGGCUUCCUCUGGUGGUGCUCCUUCACUCUGUCCUCUACAAAAGCUGCCAAGCUCUCCGCUGCAACUGCACCACAACCCUUUGUGAGAAGGCUGGCUACCAGUGUGAGACUGAUGGAGCGUGCAUGGUCUCCACAUCCUUCCUAGAGGGCCAGGAGGAGCCCAUCCGUACCUGCAUCACCAAAGCCGAUCUGGUGCCCCCAGGACAGCCCUUCUACUGCCUGAGCGCUGAAGGAUUUCUCAGCAGACACUGCUGCUACACCGACUACUGCAACAGCAUUGACCUCAAAGUACCAUCUGUGACGACCGACUCCGGCCCGGUGGGGGGCUAUGGACCAGGGGGCACAUGGGGUCUGGUGGAACUGGUGGCUGUGAUUGCUGGACCGCUGUCCCUGCUCUGCCUGCUGCUACUGGUUGGCUUUUUUAUGUACCAGUACCACCACAGAGCCUACAGCCACCGACAGAGACUGGAAGUAGAGGAUCCAUCAUGCGAAAACCUCUAUUUGGCCAAAGACAGGACUCUGCAGGACCUCAUUUAUGAUCUGUCCACAUCUGGUUCGGGCUCAGGUCUGCCCCUGUUUGUGCAAAGAACAGUGGCCAGAACAAUUGUCCUGCAAGAGAUCAUUGGCAAGGGGCGGUUUGGAGAAGUGUGGCGGGGACGUUGGCGUGGCGGUGACGUGGCAGUGAAAAUCUUUUCCUCCAGAGAGGAGCGCUCCUGGUUCCGUGAGGCUGAAAUCUAUCAGACCAUUAUGCUGCGACAUGAGAACAUCCUGGGCUUCAUCGCUGCUGACAACAAAGACAAUGGAACCUGGACUCAGCUGUGGCUGGUGUCGGACUACCACGAACACGGCUCUCUGUUCGACUACCUGAACCGCUACUCUGUCACCACCGAAGGAAUGAUAAAGCUGGCUCUGUCUGCCGCCAGCGGUCUGGCCCAUCUGCACAUGGAGAUUCUUGGAACACAAGGAAAGCCAGGCAUCGCUCACCGAGACCUCAAGUCCAAGAACAUCCUGGUGAAGAAGAACUGCUCCUGUGCGAUUGCCGAUUUGGGUCUAGCCGUCCGCCACGACUCCGUCUCAGACACGAUCGACAUCGCGCCGAAUCAGAGGGUUGGAACCAAGAGGUACAUGGCUCCCGAGGUCCUGGACGAAACCAUCAACAUGAGACACUUCGACUCCUUCAAAUGUGCCGACAUUUACGCUCUUGGUCUGGUCUACUGGGAGAUCGCACGCCGCUGCAACAGUGGAGGCAUCCAUGAAGAAUACCAGCUGCCCUACUUUGACCUGGUGCCCUCUGACCCCUCCGUCGAUGACAUGAGAAAGGUUGUCUGUGACCAGAAGCUGCGCCCCAACAUCCCCAACUGGUGGCAGAGUUAUGAGGCGCUGCGGAUCAUGGGCAAGAUCAUGCGGGAGUGUUGGUACUCGAACGGAGCCGCCAGGCUGACGGCCCUGCGCAUCAAGAAGACCCUGUCUCAGCUGAGCAUCCAGGAGGACAUCAAAGUCUGAGAGAUAGGAACAGAGCAAAGAGGCACUUUGUAAAAUAUUCCUCCAUAAACACUCCUGGAAACGUAGAAGCCUUGACUUCUGACAAACCCUACCUCGCUUACCCAGCCAAACGACCAGGAACACCUUUCCCCGUCGGCUCCUCAGCUCCUGCUGCCCUCCUGCCACCUUUCUUCCUCUCCAACACCUCCAAGGACUUCCUGUGGCCCGGAUGCUGUACAGUGGCACACGGGAAGCGCUCGGCCGAGGAUGUGCAGAGGCUCGGCAACAAUCCUUUUUUUUUUUUUAAACUAGUGGUUUUUAAACAAGCGGGUGGUUUUUAAAGGUUUUCCUGUUGUCAGACAGCGACACCACGCACGCAUCACUUUUCAGUCGAAUCCGUGGAGGAAAAUAGUCCCAUGUGGUCCCCACACUAGUGACGUUCAUGCAUCGCGAUGAAUGUAGUAGCUUAGACAGUCAGUGCAAACGCUAACUGCAGACUCAAACCAGGUGAGAUGAGACUUUAGCUCCUCCCAUAAACCCUCAGGUCGUCCGUGUGCUCGCCAGUCGACUCGCUUUCUUUCGUCUUCUCGUAGUGAAACCAGCUUUAACGCUAUAAGUCGUUUGGAAGAGCCCAUCCAAGCACAUUCCUUUCAGGUGUAGAGUUUGAUGUCGAACAUUGACUGCCAGAGUCGCUCACCGACAUCAGGCCCCGUCAUCCAUCGGUACUUCACGCGUCAGGUAGCGCCAUGCUACACGUCCCACUUCCCUCCAUCACCUCACUGUCUUACACUGUUUCCAACAAGAGCAACAUGUUCCGUUUUUUUAACCUCCUUUUACAACACUAACUCCAGGAAUCAGAACGAUGGUCUGUUUGAAUAUAUUUUAAUAAUGUGCUCAGCAUGUCCUUCCCCUCAGGGUGUGAUCUUCCCACAUGCACAUGAACGUCUGUGAUACUUGUAUAUGUGAAUUGUAUUUGUUUUUACCCGACUGUAGGUCAUGCUUUAGAUGAUUCUAUUUUUAUACCUGAUUUGUGGCUCGGCUGUCGACGGAGAAGAACCUACUGAUGUCUAAAGUAACAUUCCCGUGUGAUUCAGGCACUGCACAGCGCUUCGUCUCCCCCGCCGCCUCCCGUCCAUGCUCCUCCUUUGUGUUCGCUACACGAUACCUCCUCAAUGCGCGAACGCGGGCGGAAGGUUCCUGUCGAGCUGUCAGAAAUGACUUCUCAAUGUUAAUACUUCAGGAAAUCGGUGCACUUUUGUCUUUGACUGUAUGCAAAUUGAACAGGUACUGUUGUGUCUACUCUUCCCCGUGUUAUUUAUAUGAAUAUGCUGAGAUUCCUGUGAAAGCCUGGAAGGCCACAUGUGCACUACUACUGACCUCACGGCACUAAAAAAAACAAACCAAAUUGCUCUCAGUCAAACAUGACCAGUGUUUAUUCCAGUUCACUCCACUGAAAUAGAGAAUGUUUACACGAACCAUGCCACUUCAGUACACUCUUGUCUGGACACUGUACAGCUCAUCUGAAGUUUCUCUGGGAGAGGAAAUGUCGAAGCUAAAUAUUGAUCUAGUAUUUACUAAUAUUCUUACAAUCACCUGCACUGUCUUGUUUCCCUGUGAUGUUCGACUGCUCUGGCUUCUGCUGCUUUAGACUGGACACUGUCAUUGGAUAAGGGGCUCGUUCAAUGGUGGUGGGGGGUGUCUUGCUCCAGCCAGGGCAGGAGAAGCUACUGCAACUAUGUAUAAACCCUCUGGUCAUGUGACAUCUAAUAGAGUAAAGAUUCAAUUGGUA